CUUUGUUGCGCUAAUUGACUCAUACAGAAAUGGCACAAAAAGUUUCACAGUGGCCGGACCUCCCAUGGAUGCCUAAGCUCAUCUUAUCUAUCGCGGCCUUCUUAGGUGACAUAACCCGUCGCUCUGAUGGCUCCAUAAACCGUUCUCUCCUGAGAUUCUUAGACUUUAGAACUUCCCCAUCUAAGAAACCAAUCAAGGGCGUCAAAACCACAGAUAUCACCAUUGAUAAACAACGAAACCUUUGGUUCCGCCUCUACACUCCAACAGCUACCACCACCACCUAUGGUGGUGGCUUGCCAGUUAUUUUCUACUUCCAUGGAGGUGGUUUUGCUUUCAUGGCACCCAAUUCAAAACAUUACGAUGACUUUUGCUACCGCCUUGCUCGCAAACUGUCUUCCAUAGUUAUCUCCGUAAACUACCGGCUAGCUCCAGAGCAUCCUUAUCCAUGCCAAUACGAUGACGGUUUUGAGACUCUAAAAUUUGUAGAUAAUUCAGGAAUUGAAGGUUUUUCAAGCCAAGCCAAUCUAAGACAGUGUUUUAUGGCAGGAGAUAGUGCAGGAAGCAACAUCGUGCAUAAUGUAAUACUAAAAGCAAGUAAGUAUGAAUUUUCUAAUGUAAAAAUAAUUGGAAACAUAUCGAUCCAGCCAUUCUUCGGAGGAGAAGAGAGAACUGAAUCUGAAUUAAGGCUUACAAAAGCUCCAUUUGUUAACAUGGAGCGUACAGAUUGGAUUUGGAGAUCAUUAUUGCCAGACGGGUCAAAUCGGGACCACCCGGCAGCAAAUGUAUUCGGGCCUAAUUCCGAUGAUAUUUCAGGAGUUGAGUUUCCGGCGACGAUCGUUUUUGUGGGUGGAUAUGAUCCUUUACAGGACUGGCAAAAGAGGUAUUAUGAAGGGCUGAAGAAAUCUGGGAAAGAAGCUUAUAUGGUUGAAUAUCCAAAUGCUCCUCAUAUAUUUUAUCUUUUUCCUGAGUUGCCUGAAUCUAGUCUGUUGAUUAAGGAGGUUAAGGAUUUUAUGCUGAAGCAAUUAGCAACUUAGAAGAAUGAAAGUACCUACAAUUAGACCAUUGAAUUUUAAUAUUAAAGUAAUUGAAUCAUUUGAAGAACUGUAAUGAAAAAAAAAAAAAAAAAGGAAUAAUUGGUCUAUAAUUAUAUGCAAAUGCGUGAAAUGAGCAUGAAUGGUAAUCUUUUCAUUUUCUUUUGAAA